UUCAACUAGCAUCCAAGCAUCCAGGAAGGAAGUAUCAGCCAUUCAAGACACAUACACGCGUAGAACUUCCUUAUUUAUUCACCAAGUCUAAUAUUCUGCACCUUUUCAUUUGAUAUAUCCAUCCAUUCAUUUUCUGAGAAGCCUCUACUUAUUUAUCAAGAUGGGAUACAUGGUUGUAGAGAAGCACAAUUUUACAAUGCUGCACCUGAAGAGAAACCCUGGGAUUCGUUCCUGGUCUCUUUUUAUCGGUAUGACAUCUAUUGGUUUGGCAGCCGCUUACUACAGUGCAGAUAGCUUCUUGUGGAAACUUUUCUACGUGACUGGCUGUCUGUUUGUGGCCAUUCAGAACAUGGAAGAAUGGGAAGAGGCAGUAUUUGACAAAACUAACAAUGAGAUUCAACUCAAAACCAUUAGUUUGUACACUUUAGUUCUGACGCUAUGUAAAAAGGGGCAAGAGAAAGUUGUCUUGGACUUGAGGCACCUGCAGGAUGUCUGCGUUGCAGAAGAAAAGGUUCGAUAUUUGGGGAAAGGCUACCACGUCAUGUUGCGUCUGGCAACAGGUUUCUCCUACCCCCUGACACAGAGUGCCACAAUCGGGGGGCGAAGUGAUGUGGAGGCAAUGGCUGCAUUGCUUAAGCGCUUUUUGGGGUUGGAGGAACAGCGCCAGCAGAAGGAAAUGUCUGAGUACACAGAGGAGGAAGCAGAUUUUUUGGAUAACAGCAGUGAUUCAGAGGAUGAAAGAGAAAACGCUUGACCUCUACAUUUAUAUCUACUUCACCUACUUUGAAAUUGAGUUUGGGAUGAUGCUGCCGAUAAGAGAUAACAGGGGCUGAGGUUACUGAGAUGCUUUCAUUGCAUGGUAUGCUCACUACUAACUUUAAAUAAUGUACAUGCAUGAUUUUAUAACGGAAUUUUAGUUGUGACAGUUACGAAAAAUAUAAUCUUACUGUAUUCUGUUUUUGGAGUAUGGCGACUUAUUUCCAUUCAUUUUCACCGUUAAAGACAACUUUAUGGUGUAAUUACUAUUACAAAACACUCCACAUUGCAGCUUUACUGUGCCUUGCUACUGAAGACUAUUCGGUAUUUAUUACAUAUGUCAAGUGAAAGGUCUGUUUGCACAAUUUACAGGACCAACCACAUUUUGGUUGUUUAUUCUCGCACAGCUAGCAACCAAUGAUGAAUGCAUGUACCAACUGUAAUCACACAUGAAAAAUUUCCAUUACUCAACGAACAUUAAAUUGUGUGUGAAUUUCACCGUUUGUUGCAGGUCUUUUGUGAACCAAAGACAUGAUUUGUUUUUUUGUGUGUUUCACUUUUCAUUGUAAAUCGGGGCUGUAUCAAAUGAACAAAUAGAUUCCUUAAAACCACUUGAAAAUAUGUUUAUACGUUGGAUUCAAUGUUUUGUUUCCAUUUUUAUUUUUACAUUUUCUGGAAUAUCUUUUGUAUUAAAAAAAAUCAAAGUUUG